AUGUCAACGGCCACCCCGCCGUCUCCGUCUCCCUCCUCUGGAACCCGCCCUCUGCUCCGGAUCGGCACGGCCCGUCGUUUCGCCAUGGCAUUUCCGUCGCGGGCGGCUCUGCUCUUCGCGGGGGUGCUCGUGGUGUUGGCAGCGCCGGCGGCGGUAGCGGGAGCGGGAGGAGGGAGCGUCUGCUUCGACCGGGUGUUCAGUUUCGGGGACUCGCUCACGGAUACCGGCAACUUCCUGCUCUCCGUGCCCGACGACUUCCCGGACCCCGCGCGGAACCUCCCCUACGGCCAGACCUUCUUCGGCCGCCCCUCCGGCCGAUACUCCGACGGCCGCAACCUGCUCGAUUUCUUCGCGGAGGCAUUUGGGCUGCCGUAUGUGCCACCAUACCUUGGCGGAGGGGACUUCCAGAAUGGUGCAAACUUUGCGGUCGGCGGGGCAACUGCCCUCAAUGGCUCAUUCUUCCGUGAACGUGGCGUGGAGCCUACAUGGACACCUCAUUCCCUUGAUGAGCAGAUGCUAUGGUUCAAGAAGCUUCUCCCAUCCAUUGCAUCGUCUGAGACAGAGCAAAAGGAAAUAGUGUCCAAUUCACUUUUCUUUGUUGGAGAGGUCGGCGGAAAUGAUUACAACCAUUUAAUCGUUAGGGAGAAAUCUCUUGAUGAGCUACAUGAAGUUGUUCCUAAUGUUGUUGGUGCCAUAAGCUCGGCCAUCACGGAUCUUAUAAAUUUUGGAGCAAAGAAGUUAGUUGUUCCAGGGAACUUCCCGAUAGGGUGUGUCCCAUUAUAUCUUGCAAUCUUUCAGAGCCAAAAGGAGGAUUACUAUGAGGAACAAACAGGCUGCAUUAAGUGGCUCAAUGAAUUUGCUGAGUACCAUAAUAGGAUGCUUCAGGAGGAGUUGGAGAAACUCAGGAAUCUUCACCCUGAUGUGACCAUCAUUUAUGCUGAUUAUUAUGGUGCUGCAUUGAACAUAUUCCGUGCCCCACUCCAGUUUGUUGUAGAGAACUGA